AUGGCAACAAACUACGAAAUUUCAGGGGCUGCGGAGGCUGCAAACAACACAGCUGUCGCUGACGCACCGAUUAUUGAAGCAGAAGACUGGCAGACAAAGUGUCUUACUGUCUUAGACAGAAACAAAUUUAUAUUCAGCAGAGAGUUACUAAGCGAUAUAAAAUUUGUUGUUCCAGCGUCAAACGGCAAGAGGCUGGUGAUUCCAGCUCACAAGUUUAUUCUUGCAAUCAGCAGUCCUGUGUUUUGUGCCAUGUUCUACGGCCCAAUGGCGGAAACUAAAAACUCUAUUGAUUUACCUGACUAUGAGUACGAGAGCCUGUUGGAGUUGCUUCGUUUCUUGUACUACGACAAAGUAAAUUUGAGCGGAAGCAACGUAAUGCAAGUGUUGAACUUAGCCACGCAAUACAUGGUGCCUUCGCUCGUGAACAAAUGCACUAAGUAUUUGCGUGACAUUUUAGAAGUAUCGAAUGUCUUUCAAAUUCUAGUCGCUGCUGAGAAAUUCGAAGCGAAAGAGUUAGAAAGAAAAUGUUGGAAACUUAUUGAGAUGCAAGCGGACGAGGCGUUGAUGUCAGAUGGAUUCUCAACAGUUGAAAUAUCUGUUGUCAAGUCUGUCGUGAAAAGAAGAACGUUGAAUGUUAAGGAAGUAGAUCUCUUUAAGGCAAUAGAUCAGUGGGCCACCAAAAAAAUUGUAAAGCAAGGACAAACUCUUACUGGUCACCUAAAAAGACGAAUUCUCGGAGAUGAAAUUGUUAAAGCCAUAAGGUUUCCUCUAAUUUCUCAGGCAGAGUUUGCGUCUGUGGUGUUAAGUUCUGGCAUUCUCACAAAUGAGGAGAACAGCGACAUGAUGAGAUACUACAGCAACGUUCCAACACUUUCUUUGCCAUUUUCCCAAGAGAAAAGAUUUAUUGCCAGCUUUUUUCGAUGCCACAGAUUUUCAGGGUUUGAUAUGCCAAUUAGUCAGACCAGGAAAGUUAAAUUAUAUGAUAAUUCUCAUUAUCCGACCCGCAACCAAUUGCGUAGCGGUCAAUUAGCCCGGUCAUACCGUCAGGCAAAUGCCUCAUCAGCGGUAAAUUAUUCGGCGAGCAAUUCUAGCAAGUGGUGCUACGACGUUGAUAGCACUGACAAAUUGAAGUUCUCAGUCAAUAAACCCAUCAGGCUUCGCGGGGUUGAGCUUUUUGGCUCCGAAGGAAAUGAGUACCAGGUUUCCUUACAGAUGAACUGUACCGAACCUUUUACAAAGUGUCUGGUAACACAGUCUGGAAAUUACGCAUCAACCGCCAGAGAGAACUCUAAAUAUUAUGGCUUUGAUGUAUUGUUUGACCGUCCGAUUCAUCUGGAGGCAUAUAAAGAUUACGAAUUACUAUCAAUUAUCAAAGGUCCUUUGUCAUGGUACGGACAGCGAGGCCAAAGCUCUGUUGAGUGCCAGGGAGUGCUUUUCACUUUCAAGGAUCCUUAUGACAGCAGACAUAGAACCAACGCAAGUUGUGGCCAAUUUCCCUCGUUAAUCUUUACAUAA